AUGACGCCGAUUCCAACGGAGGGCGAGUUGCUGCGCUUCGGUUCGCUGAAUAUCAUGCUCUCCGUGGGGGGUAUAUGUCUGCAGAUAUGGUAUAUUAAGUUUCUCUACGCACGCCGGCCUGGUUGGGGUCGAGACAUUGUGCUGACGCUCCACCUCCUCUCCGCGUUCUGCGAUAUUGUGCAGCUGAGCGCGCACGGGUUCGCCGGGCUGCAGAUGUUCUUUCCGGAGGCGCCUUUGCCAUAUUCCAGGUAUCUGCUGUCGAAGAAGCCGGACUGGGGCAAGGGUGUUGUGGUGAUACUCUUCUUGCUGACCGCCGUCUGCGACGUGUUCCAGUUGAUCGCCCAUUGCUACGUGGCGCUGGCGAUGAUCUUCCCCGUCACCCUCGAGCCCUACUGUGGGGUUAGUUUU